UUUUGCAACCUCGCUUCCUCCCGGGGCAGCAUAAAGCGGCGCCUCGGGGACCGGGGCGGCCGGCGCAGGUGAGGGACCCGCUGGCGGAGGGUCCCCGGCCCCACGCAUCCCCGGGCGCCCCAAAGCUGGUUUUUGGGGUGACGGCUGAGAACGUGCCCGUGGCAGCCCGCAGCCGGGGGCGCGGAGGGGAAAGGCUCGGGGAAAUCUUUCCGGCACGGCCGGGAAGGGGAGAAGAUUUGGGGGUCCGGAGGAGGCAGCCGACAGAGGGCAGGAUGGACACCAUCUCCUUCAACGGGGACCUCUCGGAUUUACUCUACAACUACACCUAUGACUACAGCACGGCCCUGCCCGACGCCGCCAUCUCCUCGUCCCCGUGCCGGCCCGACGGCUCCGUCCUCAACAAGUACCUGGUGGUCUUCAUCUACUGCCUCGUCUUCAUCCUCAGCGUGGUGGGCAACGGGCUGGUGGUGCUGGUGGUCACCUCCAGCCACACGAACCGCUCCGUCACCGACGUCUACCUGCUCAACCUGGCCGUGGCCGACCUGCUCUUCGCCCUCACCCUGCCCCUCUGGGCCGCCUACCGGGCCCACGAGUGGGUUUUCGGCACGGUGAUGUGCAAGGCCAUCUCGGUGCUGCAGGAGGCCAACUUCUACAGCGGCAUCCUGCUGCUGGCCUGCAUCAGCGUGGACCGCUACCUGGCCAUCGUCUACGCCACCCGCGCCGCCACCGAGAAGAGGCACUGGGUGAAGUUCGUCUGCCUGGGCAUCUGGGUCUUCUCCGUGCUGCUCUCCCUGCCCGUGCUGCUCUUCCGCGAGGCCUUCGUCUCGCCCAGCAACGGCACCGUGUGCUACGAGCGCAUCCGCGGCGAGGACACGGCCAAGUGGCGCGUGGUGCUGCGGGUGCUGCCGCAGACCUUCGGCUUCGCCCUGCCCCUCCUGGUCAUGCUCUUCUGCUACGGCGUCACCGUGCACACCCUCCUGCAGACCAAGAACGCCCAGAGGCAGCGGGCCAUGAAGGUCAUCCUGGCCGUGGUGCUGGUCUUCCUCGUCUGCUGGCUGCCCUACAACAUCACGCUGGUGAGCGACACCCUCAUGAGGACGCGGGCCAUCGCCGAGACCUGCGAGCGCAGGAACCACAUCGACACGGCCCUCUCCGUCACGCAGGUGCUGGGCUUCGCCCACAGCUGCCUCAACCCCAUCAUCUACGCCUUCAUCGGGCAGAAGUUCCGCAACAGCUUCCUCAAGAUCCUGGCGCAGCGCGGCCUCAUCAGCAAGGACGCCGUGGCCCGCUACGGCCGCGCCUCGUACGCCUCCACCUCCGGCAACACCUCCACCACCCUCUGAGCCCCGCGGAUCCCCCAGGCCUGAUGCAGGCACCCCGGGCGCCCCAGCAUCCUCACCCGGCGCCCCGAAACGCAGCCUCGGGAAGCGGGCACGGCCCCCCCAGGGCGCCCGGGUGGCCGUCACCGGCGGCUGCCGGUGGCGGGGCUUGCAUGUGGCCACCCGUGUGUGCAGUGCUGUGCAGCUGGGAGGGUCACAGGGGGGUGACUCUGAGCCCUGGUGGCACUGUGACGCCGUGGUGAGGCGUGAGGCCACCGCACAUCAGCAUAGGGGGACCCCAGGCGCUGCCCGCCCUCCCCGCACGCCGGGAUGGAGCCUGGGACUUUGGGGAACCCGUGGCCCCCCUGUGACAGCGGUGGCUGCCGGCCGCCCAGCAAUAAAGGAGGUGGCGGGUCUGUCACCCGUGUGUGGCUCCUGUUGGCCGGGGGGGUGGCGGGAGGGGGCCGGGGCACGUCCCUGCCGUGCCGCGCAUCCAGGGCGCUUCCUGGGGACAGCGGGUGCAGGAAAGCGCCGUUACCCAAGAGGCUGUUGCGGAAGGUUUGCGUCCCGCACGUCCCCAGAGGGGACCCAAAACCUGGUCUCGCUCCGUGCAGCCGCCGAGACAGGCCCUGGCCCUUGCCCAGCUCAGGGUCUCCGUGUCACCUCUGUCCCAGGGCUGGGGACAAAGCCCCGCCGCUCCCUCCCCGCCGCCUGUCUGAGCGCAAACGAAGCAAAUCACUGCAAGAUCCCUCUGUGGCCCUUCCCCGCGCUUGGUGACACCGAGCCUGCCCUGUCCCCCCUGCUCCCCCUGAGGGUGGCAGCUCCUGGGGCACCCACCCCGUGUCCCCCCAGUGCUGCGGUGCCGGCCCAUCGUUGUGCAAGGAGCCGGGAACCUGGCCUUACACAACCUACACGGGGUGGAGGGAGCGUUUCCGCCGCAGCUUGGGCAACCGGGGCUGGCACCGGAGCGAGGAGGGGGCUGUGACCCUGCUGGGGUCCCGCCUGCCACCCUGGUUGGGCCCAGCAUCACGGUGCCUGCCCCAGGGUCUCUCCAGGAGGGUCCCACAUUGUUCCUCUGUCACCCCUGCUCCAAGCUCCUGGGGGUCCUUAAUCCUAGGGGCCCUUAAUCCUGGGGGCAUCAGCGGGUGUGCAGGAUGGGGGGAUGGCUGGGGACAGGGCACGGGGGUCCCCUGCACUCAGGCGGGGAGUCCGGGGGAUUCGGGGCUGGCAGGGGCAGCGGGGCAGCUCGGCAGGGCCAGCCCAUCACCUUUGUGUCUGGGAAAGCUCUUGCCCAAGCGGCGCCUUGCAGCCCGGCAGGAAACCGGGGCUGUUGGCUAAGAGCCCUCUCCCCCCUGCAUCGGGACGGGGCAAAGCCUGGCCUCAGCUGGGACACCCCACUAAAGGACAGUCCCCCCGGGGAGGGCUCAGACACCCCCGUGCCAUCAUCCCCCCGCCCACACCCGGCCGGGCUGACGACGGACAGACGACGCUGGAGGCGCUGGGAUGGCAGG